UUCAAAUCAUGAAAUCAAGUGUUCAUGCAAUGUCAUUUAUACAAUAGUAUUUUCCAGCUUUUAAGAUCCCAUAUAUUACAAAAUUUCCUACAAUCAAAAAUCUAACAGCAUUUAUUUCUGAAAAACUAACAUGUGUGACCAAGAAUUCAGAACUCUCCGCUUUGAUCCCAGGUUUCCUAAUCAGAAUCAGACACAGGCAUGCUACAUGAACUACUGCGACUAUUACCGCUGCAAGCGGUUGCUGGGCGACGUGGACGACUGCAAGAUCUUCAAGCGCUACUUCGAGACCAUAUGCCCCAACUUCUGGAUCGAGCACUUCGAUGAGUUGCGGGAGAAGGGAGCGUUCCCGGGACGCAUAUAGUCCGCGUUUACACGUCCUUAAAAAAGUAUACGUCUGUUAACGUGUACCUAGUGCUAAAACUGUCAUCGGUAAUUUAAAUUUUUGUAACUAAUUAAUGAAAUUAAAUUCAAAAUUAUUUCUUACA